UACAAUCGGCUCGACUCGGCCCCACUCGGCUAUAAUCGGUCGACUCGUCUGCUAUCGGCUACGUCCGCCUCGGCUCGGGGCGGGGCGGUGCCGCGCGCAGGCGCAGUGCGCGCUGCCGCCGCCAUGAACCCCCUGACGAAAGUGAAGCUGAUCAAUGAGCUGAACGCGCGGGAGGCGGAGCUGGGCGUGCAGGAGGCGGUGUCGUGGCACGCGGAGUACAAGGACAGCGCUUGGGUCUUUGUGGGCGGGCUGCACUACGCGCUGACCGAGGGUGAUGUCAUCUGCGUGUUCUCGCAGUACGGCGAGGUCGUCAACAUCAACCUCGUGCGGGACAAGAAGACCGGGAAGUCCAAGGGCUUCUGCUUCCUGUGCUAUGAGGACCAGAGAAGCACCAUCCUGGCUGUGGAUAACUUCAAUGGGAUCAAGAUCAAGGGACGGACCAUCCGUGUGGACCACGUGGCCAACUACCGGCCCCCCAAGGAAUCUGAGGACUGGGAUGAUGUGACUAGGGCCCUCCAUGCCAAGGGCUGCGGGGUUAAAACGCCGCCUCACACCUCGUCCGACUCCUCGUCUGAGGAUGAGGAUGUGCCCGUGAAAAAGCAGAAAGAGAAGCAGUGGAGCAGAGCAGAUCGGUCAAAGCCGAGCCCACAAGCUGGGAAGCAAGUGAGCAUGGAGGAGCCCCAUCUCAGGAUCAAGAUCAAGAAGGAGAAGGAGGAUUCCGGGUACGAGCGCUAUGCUGGCGGGAGCGCCGGCAGGAACGCCGGGAGCAGGACGCAGCGGGAUGAGGAGCAGCGACGGCACCAGCGGCACUCGGACAGCAGGGGGGACAAGAACUGCCGCGAGCAGAGAGGCCAGAGCGGCUCCUGGGAGGAGCGGGAGAAGAGGGAGGAGGCUGGCAGGAGGGGCGACGGGCACAGCAGCCGGCAAGACGCGUCCCCUAGGGGAGGCCGAUCCCGGGAGCCCCAUUCCAGGCACAGGGAGCGGGGCUCUGGCAGAGACUCUGGUCGCUGCUGAGCCCUGGGUGAGCGUUUAGGAUGAGGGAGGCUCUGAGCCUGCCCAAACCUGCUCCAAGCUCCUGGGAUACCAUGGCUGGACCUUUCAUCUGGGAGCUUCCCCUUGCCUCUCAUCCCACCCUGGGCCAGGGCUCUCCAUGCUGCCUUGGCUGCUGGCUGGGACAGCGUUCUGUCCUUCGACUGGGGAGGGUGUCAAGCAGUAAAGGCUGGGAGCAGCAGGAUGCUCCCCUUCUCUAAAUCCCUUGGGACAGUGUCCCCCUCUUGCACUGGGGGCACAGAGGCUCAGAGGCUGCUGGGUGUCUUGUCUGGCCUCGUGGGCCAGGUUUGGGCCCCGUGCCCACUCAGCAUCUUCUGGAUUCUGUGAUGUAUCCAUAAGGCCGCACUGCUGUGUUGGGGUGACUCAUCAUGGAUUUGUUUAAAGGUUUCUUAAUAAAAGUUCCUGUUAGGGAAAA